UGACCACUACCCAACAUGCGCCUAAGAACUACCAUUAGAAUCACCUUAUACGUGGUGACUCUACUCGACAUCCUCUCGUGCGGUGAAUCUGGUUACCAACAGCAAAAAUUUCUGCCGGUCCAGGCAAAAACGUUCCACAAGAGCUGCCUCCUCGGAAAUGUCGACAUAUCCUACCCUGACAACUCGCUGGCUCUCUUCGACUGCGGCAAGCAGUGCAUGUUGACAAAUAACUGCAGGUUAUUUUGCUUCAAUUCAGGCACGAUGAGCUGCGACCUCCUGGAGUGCUUCGUGUCGCAAUGGUUCCCCGGCGUGACGCCCUCCAGCAACACCGCCACCUUCAAGACUUGCUACUCGUCCUGGGCUGACGCACGAGACAUCAUCAGGAGCAACAUGGUUACAACUGGUAGUCCAGCAGCGUACACGAAUAGUCCCCCCAUCAAUGCCAUUGAUGGGUACUUCUGUCGCAAAGAAUUCACAGAGUACGGCUUCACUUCUACGGGCUUUUCAACUUACUUCCUGCAGAUUAACUUUGGGUCGGCAGUCAAAGUGGCUGAAGUGAGCAUAGUUCAUGCUACGAAUAUCGCAGAGUAUUUUAAAUCAGUUGUAGUUCGUUUGGGGACUCGUCUACUGAAACCAGCAACGCAGUAAUAGCAACUCUUUCUGGAGAUUUGUCGGGAAUGAGUGUAAUAAAUCUCCCUACUCCAGUUCCUGGUCAGUACCUGAACUUGAAAACUGUGUCCUCGCUUAACUUCCAGGUAAACGAACUACGCGUUAUCCGAGCCGAAUAAUAUCACAACUGGUAAUGGUCUUCUGCACGUUGUG